GGCGCCACGCACGUUUGGUGGCGGCGGCUGGAUCGGACAGCUAAGGACUGGAUCCUCGUCGUGAUACGUCGUCCUGAGCGUCGUCAGCGCCUGCUUCCCCUACCAUCACGGGAUGACGGUGAUGACGUGUUACAGGCGUCACAGGAUGACGGUGGUGACGUGUUGCCGGAAUCGCUCCCCCCACACGCCAUCUACCACAGGCUGGACCUCCUGCCUCCUGAGAGGGCACUUGUGUGUAGGCAGUUCUCCCAGAUGGCGACUUUUGACGCGCCCACGCUGUACGUGAGCCCGCGCGCCCUGACCGUGUCGGGUCGCGCGGCGCUGUUGUCCGCGCAGGCGCUGCGCAAAAGCGAGGAGCGUCGCAUUGCGCGCAUCAUGCGCUAUCUCGUCGCGCUUGACGGCGGCAUUAAUGCGCUGCUCGACGCCAACGCCUCGCAUGAAGCGCUUUUGGAGCACAAUGCGCGACUCAGCUUCUACUCAGACGCAUACCCGCUCGAAGAAGAAGAAGAGACGUACGCUGAAACGGCCGAAACUUUAUCGAGUUUCGAUUUUGUUAAAACCGUCGAGUUUGAUAAUGAGGGUUUUGGCGGGGCUAAGAAAAAGCUACAGAACAAAUUCGAAUCUGAUAAUCGCGGUUUAGAUACAUGGUUGAAGCUCGAAGAACAUGCAGAAUCGUAUGCUGAAUUUCCCGAUGAUAAAGUAGGCCAAAUGGAUGCUGAUAAGGAAGGCGAGGCGGGUGUUGAAAAGCCUGGUGGUUUUAGUGUGUCUGGAAAAACGUCUCGGAAGAAAUCUGAGUCUGAGAAUCCCGGUCUGAAUCCAUGGCUGAAGAAUGAACUGGCUGCCUUGUAUUCCGUAGCCGAGGAGUGGCAGCAUGAUUCUGAUCAGGAUAAUGAAACACAGCCGUUCAUCAUCCGCAGGCUGGGGGUGUUGUCAUCAGGCGGGUUGGUGGAGUACCCAGGGUUUCUGAGCUCCCCUGCUCUUCAGAGUCGUCGCUUUGACUGGUGGCUGGGGCGCGCUCUGACGCCCCCCCUGACGUCCCGCCUGCUGCUGCCGCCCAGGCUGGACGACGCGGGGGCGGGCUACAUCGUCACGGUCGCCGCCGCUGUCGUCCAUGGUGAGAGCGAGGCGGUGUUGGCUGCUGACCUCACGCUGGGCUACUGGCAGCGGCUGCUGCUGGAGCUGCACCCGCUCUGUGACACCACAGGUCCACUCAAUCUCUUAUCGUUACUAAUCCACAUACUAAUCACUUUGCAUAAUUAG